AAUAAUGAAGUUACUGAACCUACUACUGGUCGUUCUCUUCCUAAUAGGAAUGGUUGAGGCUCGAAGAAGGAAAAGAGAGGUUGAAAUUUGGAUACGACCAGAAAAGCACAAUCCACCAGGAACCAGAUAUUGUUCACCUGAGGACCCCAUGUGUCAAAGAUAUGGUGAUUAAUGUUUGAAAAUGCAAAUAUAUAACUUAUUCUUUUAAAUUUUUGAGUUCAUAUAAUUAUGGAUUACGCUUGGUGUGUUCCUCCAAAUUUACAGAACUCUACAUGGUUCAUAAAUUCACAAAUUUAAAUAGACUAAAUACAUAAACGACUUAAAGGAAUAC